AUGGCGACUUUAGUGGAAUUGAUUGAACUGAGCCACAAGGCUAAGGAGAAGGCUUAUAGUCCUUACAGCAACUUCAGAGUUGGUUGUGCUCUGAUUACUAAAGAUGGGAAGAUUUUUACAGGAUGUAACGUUGAGAAUGUGUCCUUUGGUCUGUCAAUAUGUGCCGAGAGAACCACAUUGGUGAAGGCUGUCUCAGAAGGGUACCAGCAAUUUGAUAAAAUGGUCAUUGCAAGUGAUUUGAAGAAUCAGGUUAUAUCACCUUGUGGGGCUUGCAGACAGUUUAUGGUUGAGUUUGGAGAUUACGACGUUUAUCUCACCAAACCAGAUAAGACGUACGAAAAAAUGUCUUCGUAUGAGCUACUGCCGAAGACAGUGAUACCAACACAUUUUUUGAAUGAAGAGAAAAUAAAUGUAUGAUGGCGCUGUUGCAGAACAUGCGUUUUAUUCUAAAUGUUAAAGCGAGGGAGUCAUCACCUGCGCAUGCGUAAGUUGGCCAUAGUGUGUCAUUGUUUACAAACAAGCGUCUUCCCAUGAGCCUUUGCGUUUUAGCGGGUGUUGUUAUCGUUGCUUGGGACUCAAUUCCUGUGCAUGCACAUGUGACGACCCUCCCGUUUUAACAUAAUUUAAAUGUAGCUUCCCA